CAUAGCAACUCAUUCACAACAUUGAAAAUCACUUUUCAUCAAAGAAGAAAAAGCUUUAUCAAUAAUGGAUUUCAGAUUAAUGGGUUUGGAUUCUCAUCCAGUUCUUCAUUCUCUGAUGGAUAUUUCAGACGAAACUUCUUCCGACAAGGCAUCACACAAUGCUCCGACAUGGUGCUACGUGAGAGACGCAAAGGAAAUGGCUGCUACUCCGGCGGACGUGAAGGAAUAUCCGAAUUCGUACUUGUUUGUGAUUGAUAUGCCGGGGUUGAAAUCUGGUGACAUAAAGGUUCAGGUUGAAGAUGACAAUGUUCUUGUGAUAAGUGGUGAGAGGAAGAGGGAAGAAGAGAAAGAAGGUGUUAAGUAUUUGAGAAUGGAGCGAAGGGUUGGAAAGUUUAUGAGGAAAUUUGUUCUUCCUGAGAAUGCUAAUACUGAUGCUGUUUCUGCUGUUUGUGCUAGACUAGUUAGGAACCCGUGCAACGCACGGGCGAGGAUGAUUGUAUUAUCUGAUUAA